UCGAAAAUAAAUAGCCGACUUGUUGCACUGUUACUCAGUUUCGUCUGGUUUCGUCGAAGUUAAUGGUGCACCGCAAGGGGUUAAUCGAAAUAACCUCGAAUAUAACCUAAUCUCUGUUAUCUAAUUAUCACAAUGGAGAAGUUAUUCUCAGUCUCAUCAAAUGAAAGGGGAUCCAUUUAGAUCUCGACAUUUUUAUGUGAACUAGAGAUACAAGUACACUAAAGAAACAGAACAGCUUAAAUGAAUUGGUUUUUCCCAGUGACGUAUCGUACAGUUUGUAGAGUGUCGAGCGGCUGUUCAAAUUUGCAUCUUUGUGACUAAUGAUUUAAGAUACUACUCUGAAAGCAACGAUAUUGUUGUCCUUUUUUGGGGAUCUUUUGCUCGUAGAGACUCACAGUAAUAGAGUAAAUGUAUCCGAUAUCGACCCGAGUUCAAGGAAAGGUCUUUCAAGAUAGAUUACAUUUACCAAGCAGCGUAGGGAGAUUCCUUGUCUAUUGGGUUUUCCGAAUUGCAUCAGGAUGAUGAAUUCUUCAGAUGGGUGGAAUAGAUUAUCCGAUGACCAAGCUGAUAGUCUUCCAGAAGAUGACAGGACGGCAAAGAACCAGGAGAAUUGGACUGUCGGGGAUGGAACAGGCUCGACAAAUGCUGCUCGACAGAGGAUUCCAGAGGCCCAAAAUGCCUCGGAGAAUACCUCUCUGUCCCCAAAUGUCAAUCAGACAUAUUUUGCCGACCAGAAGAUCCUUAUACCAGACAUAGACAGUACUAAGUUUAGCUUUAGGAAAUUAUGGGCAUUCACCGGGCCUGGUUUUCUGAUGUCCAUUGCCUACCUCGAUCCUGGAAAUAUAGAAUCGGAUCUACAGUCUGGAGUUGUCGCUAAGUACAGGCUACUAUGGGUCCUCCUCAGUGCAACGGUCUUAGGUCUCGUCAUGCAGAGGCUCAGUGCACGACUUGGCGUCGUCACCGGUCUUCAUCUAGCCGAGAUGUGCUACCGACAAUAUAAAAAAGUUCCAAGGCUCAUUCUGUGGGUCAUGAUCGAAGUAGCCAUUAUAGGAAGUGACAUGCAGGAAGUGAUAGGCACGGCCAUUGCCAUCUCCCUCUUAUCGAACAAGUUAAUACCAUUGUGGGGAGGAGUACUGAUUACUGUAGUGGACACAUUCACAUUUUUAUUUUUGGACAAGUACGGCUUACGUAAGCUGGAAUGCUUCUUUGGGUUUCUUAUCAUGAUAAUGGCAGUAACGUUUGGUUACGAGUACAUUGUGUCAGCGCCACCGCAGUUGGAUGUCUUAAGUGGUAUGUUCGUGCCUUGGUGUAAGGAUUGCGACUCCGGAGCAUUACUUCAAGCAGUGGGGAUCGUCGGUGCUGUUAUAAUGCCCCACAACUUGUACCUUCAUAGUGCACUUGUUAAGUCCAGGGACAUCGACAGGAGGCGGCCGGAGAAAGUUCGAGACGCUAAUAUGUAUUAUUUCAUCGAGGCUUCGAUUGCCCUCUUCGUCUCGUUCGUGAUAAACGUUUUCGUCGUCGCUGUCUUCGCCCAUGGACUGUUCGGGAAGACCAACGCCGAUAUCUACAAAAUUUGCAAGGACAGCAACGAUACUGCAGGGAUGCAAGAGUUCACUAACAACAACGACACCUUCGACGCAGACCUCUACAAAGGUGGCGUUUAUCUCGGUUGCCAGUACGGGAUCCCGGCUAUGUAUAUUUGGGCCAUUGGUAUUCUGGCGGCAGGUCAAUCGUCGACCAUGACCGGCACUUAUGCCGGCCAGUUCGCGAUGGAAGGUUUUCUGAAUCUGCAAUGGGCACGCUGGAAGAGGGUCCUCUUCACCCGAUGCAUCGCCAUCGUUCCUACUUUCCUGAUCGCCUUUUUCGCCAGUAUCGAAGACCUCAGUGGCAUGAACGACAUACUCAACGCAGUGAUGAGCCUGCAGCUGCCAUUCGCCACGUUGCCCACUAUUGCCUUCACCAGCAGCCCUCAAAUCAUGGGAGACUUUAAGAAUGGAAUGUUAAAUAAAGUCGUCUCCUCGAUGUUAUCGGCCCUCGUGAUAACGAUCAAUAUUUAUUUCGUGGUGAGCCUGGUGAACAAGGACGUACAAAACUGGCCGGUCUUCCUGGCUAUCUGCAUCUUCGGUGUUUUGUACUUGAUCUUCUGUUUGUACCUCGUGAUACACGUAGCUGCGAGUAUGGGAGCUACGUGGAUUAACAAUCACUGGUUCGUUGCAAAGUACGUUGGCAGUCCUGUGAUCACGAACUUCGGUUUCCAAAGUCCUGCGGUCUACUCUAGUACGAAUCCAACAUUUACGAUCCAAGAAACUCCGGAAGGAAGUCACAACAAUCUUGCAGAGUAUUAUAGAACAACCAAUCGAUAAGGAAAGCUGCAUUGGAAGAUUGGUAAUCUUUAGAUUUUACAAAAUGACAGCAUUUGAGGUUGACUUGUAAAUAUUUAAUGCUUAUGUGCAUGUUCAUCGAUAAAUGGUAAGUGAGCCAUUUUUAAUUAAGGAGCUUUUCGUUUUGAAAAAGAGCCAGCUAGAUUUCAUUCAUAUGUACUGCAAUUAAUUUUUUAUGCGUCUACGAUGUACAGUAAUGUAUCGCAAUAAUGUAUGUACACUUUUUCGAGAAUACAAAUUUUACGUAACGUUAAGUAGCAAAGAAAAUCCUUAGCUACAUUUUUAUGUCAUAUCGACUCUCUACGGUGAAUUAACCAAAGACAAUGAUAAUUUGAUUUUUAAUAAGGAUUGGAAGCAAUGUUGCCAACUUCAAUUCUCUUUAUUCUAGUACAAUCAAAUUAAAAUAACAGUACAAUCCGAUAGCUUCAAGCGAUUAAUCAGUGUUGUUAAAAAAUAUAUAGAAAUAAUAAUACUUCCACUGAUAUCCCAUUAGUCUUGAACAAUCGAGUGGUCAUUUCCUAAUUGAAUCGUUCGUAAUUCUCGUCUGAAAAGUGUAAAUCGGUUUUAAAUAUAACUACUUUUAAUAUCAAUCGCUCAAUAAUUCAAAUCAGUUAAUAUCUCUUAAUCGUUACGAUAGUGAAACAACACCUUGUGAGUGGGAACACACAUUUUUAAAUUUUAUAAAAAAUAUGUCAAACAUUAAUUUCAUUUACUCAAAAUUAACAUCUUUUUCAGAUUUGUUGGAUUUUCAUCAAUUCUUUCAUCAUUAUAAAAUUCGUUAAGAACUAUAAGUCAUAGAUUGUGGUAAAAAAUCGCCAUCUCCAAAAAUUAAAAGUGUCAUCCCCCACUCUCCUUUAAAAUACAGAUAACGUCUUGUAAUGUACAGCAAUUAUUAAAUAGGAUCGGUGGUGAGUCGAAGAUAAUACUGGUUGUGGUCUCGCUUGUAAUGGCAAUAAACAAAUGCAACAAUCAGGAAAACUAGGAGGAUUAACAUCAACACGGAGGACGUCAGAAUCGCUGAAACAAAUGUAUACAAAUAUAUAUCCAAUAUAAAUAAUUAAAAGUGAAA